GUUAGAAAUGCUACUUUAUGAAAGUAUAAUUUAAAUAAAUGCAUUAUUGCAUUAUAACAAAAAAAGAUUCAUGUAGAAAUAUAUUUUCGCAAACACUUUGAAGUUUGCAGCUUGCAGUGUGCGUCCGUAUUUGUACUCGUAACGAAAAGACACAAAGCAAUGUCCUGCGUAUAGAAGCAACGUUGAUGAUUGGAUGAUGUAGCUAGACUAUGACUAUGGGUGACAAUCAAGUUCUUGUCCGUGCGUCAGUGGUUGGCGUUAAUGAUUCCAGUGUGGUGUAUCCUUGCUGCCUUCAGUGCUAUACAAAACUACUUCACAACUUGCGGCUGAAUUCAUGGCAUUGUUUUCGAUGCAACAUCAUCCUUACAGCUUCACAGAUGACAUGGCGUUAUCGACUGUCAUUAUGUAUUGCAGACAGUUCUGCAUCAUGUCAUGUCAGUUUGUUUGGAGGCACACUUGUAUCUUUCUUUGGCUGCUCUGCAAAUGAGUUUCAUAGGUAUGUGGUAUCAACUUGCAUCACAGAAGAAAAAAUUCAACAUGCUUUGGAACUAAUGCUGUUAGGAGAAAGCUAUUUGUUUGGACUGAAAAGUUCUCUCUUAACAACAGCAAAGCAACAAAAAGGGAAAAGAACUUGCAAACCAGUCUGCCUGAGUGAUCUUCUCAACUCUGACCAUGCUAGUGAUUUUCACAAAGGAAAACUGACAGAUUUUGUUGCAACACAGAUGAUCCACAGUCCUCUAAAGUCACAAGGUUAUUCUACUGUUGUCAGUGUUUUGAAAGAUCUUAUUUUACAUACAAUGGUCUUGUCACCCAAACAUAAGGUUAUCAGUGCAUCUGAAAGCAUUCCUGUGUCUUCAUCCUGCAAAAUGCAAAGGACUUGCAUGUCUUCUGAUCAGACAUAUUUUUCAGAGGCAAAACAUGACCAUGAACCUGAGGGAGACCAGUGGCAAUACAGUACAAUGAAAAAGAGAAAUGUGUCUCAGGCAGAUUUGUCUUCUGAUCUUUCCAGCCAGAGCACAGAUUUGGGAUGGUUCACUUGUGACAGUUCUGUGGAGCAUGCAUUUUCAUCUGAUGGUGAUAAACAUUCAUGCAUGGACCAUCAAUCUAACAGUCUUGUUUCUGUGGCACUAAACCUGGGCAGUGAUGACAUUUCUUCCUUAUCCACACCUUCAGAGAACAGUUUUCGAAUUUCAUGUGCUGAUAAAUCUGUAGAACUCAGUCUGGAAAGACAAAUGAUGCCAAAUUUAAAGCACGUGGGAAAGUCGCUACAAAAUUCCACAGAAUGUAGCAAAAUUAUUAUGAGUCGAGACAAAGCUCACAGGCAUGAAAAUCUUGGUGAAUAUAACCAUGAUGGUCAUGUGAUGACUAUGAGCAGUGUCAGUUUAGAGGACAAUAAAACAGGACUGGAAGUUCAGUCAUUCCAUCCUGAAAAUGUGGCCAAAAUGGGCACCAACUUUAUCAAAAUAUCUUCCUGAUUAGACAAGAUGAAGAGGGAAGCCACAGCUUUUCUCCAUCAUUAAAUGAUAGUUUGUCUUUGGUUAACAUGGCUGAAGCAACAAGUUUCCAGGGCUCAGUAGGUGUCAUGAAAUCUGAGCCAGUUUUUCUGAAAAAGUCUUCCAAGGUAGCACCAGGUACAGUAAAAGUAUUUAAAGGUCAAAACCUAGCAACAGCAGAUGCUUUCAGCAGUUCAAAGCAACUCAAAAAAGUUCAGUUAGGUGCUAUUAAAAUACAAAAGAUAGAUCAGAUGAAUAACAGCACAAAGUCUGCAGCACUUCAAGACCUGAACUCCAGCAUGGUACCAGAAUUUUUUGGCUCAGGUCAAGUUCAGAACUGUGCGAGACAAAGUCAACGUUCUGCUUGGGAUGAAGACUUCAGUUUUGAAGCUUAUCUUACCAUGCCUGACUCAGAAGACAUUUCUCUAUUUCUAAAUCCUGUUGCUAUAGAAGCAACUGCCGCAAAACCCUGUACCAUGACUGUAACUCAGAGGGAGUCACAGGAACAAUAUUUGAAAGAAAACAAAACUUUUGGGUUGCAUAAAUCGCAAGCCUCAAGUUCUUACCUUAAAGGUUUUCAUGGGCAGGAAAUAUUAACAAUUGGUGAUAAUUCUUUUGCCAAUCAAAUGAUCAUUUUAAGAGACUCUCCAGUAAUUUCUCUGAAAAACAUUCAGUUAUGCAGGUCAGAAGCUGUCACAUCACCAAAAAUUGGAGUUACAAAGAAGCAGUGGAAUGAAGAAUUCACGAAGAAAACCUUGGCUGCUAAUAACUUCUACCCAAAUGAUCAAGUAAGGCCCUUAAAAACAGGUCAAGUGUCCUCUGAUGUUACCACAAAUCAAGCUCUUGAAGGAGAUUCGGUAAUGAAAGGACUCAAACAUUGGAAGUACCAACUGAGCAAGCCACCGGUUGCCAAAGGUACUUUUAAAUGUAAUCAUGGUGAUGUUUAUCUUGACCUAGGAAGUUUUCACAACUGUGAUCUUCCAGUAUUGAAGGAUGGUUUUCUGACAAAUAAAACAUUGCAGGCUAGUCCUUCCACUUGUAUUAAAGCACCUACUUCCAGCGAGGUACCAGAAUACAAAAGCCAGAUUGAUGUCUUGAAAAAUACAUCUACAGCUGCUGAGCACAAUGCUUCACAAAGCUCUUUACUAUCCAAGAAAGAUGUUUCUCGGCAAACUAUCAAUCCUUUUUCUUCUGAUUUUGUAGCUAAAGAACAGCCGCAAUCACACCAUAGAAAUGAUGACGUUGAUGAGUUCUGCCUUCCAUUCAUGGAGCCAUGGGACUUGAAUGAUUCUGUACUAGUGAUAGAAAACGAACAGAAUGAGAGUGUGGUGAACAUUUUAUCAGGAAAAUGUCAGUCCACCCAAUCAACCCAUAAUCAAAAUUUUAAAGAAAACUUGAUGCAGAAUGGUCAGGAAAAUUCCAGUCUCAAGAUAGCUGGGAUUGACUGGUCUUCCCAGCCCUCAUUUCUGAGGAGACAUCCAGACAAAAGUGAGAAAAAUUAUCCAAGGUGUACAUCUAGAGAAGACCUAAUCGAAUGGAAAAGGACCUGUAGUUUUGAGUUUUCUAGCUUGCAGAGUGGUGGGACAGGUUUUUUUAAUGCAUCUACAGAUCUCUUUAAUUCUCAGUCUCAGUCAAACACCAGCAACUUUGGCAUCAAGAAUGAUAGUAACAUCAUGGAUUGCAAGGAACUUGAAAAACAGACAGAUGUCAGUGACCUUGAUGCUCAUAUGGAAAACAUCUGCAAUAGUGCUGCUAAAGACCUUUCACGAUACAGAGGAUAUCUGCAAAGCAGAGGAUCUCAUCUUACAGAUUGCAGCUCUGCAAAAAUACCAACAUUUACGCAAGGAAACCAAGAUCUCAUGAGACAAGAAGUGGAAACUCCAAAAUGUUUGACCAAAAAGCGAGUCAGAUUUUCAAGGAGACGCAGCAGGGUCAGCACAAUUCCUGUCAUAGACUUUCUGAUGGCACGAUACCCCAGUCCAGCCAACAGUGAUCAUGAAUCAAUGCUCACAAAUACACCUUUGAGGUCCUGCCUGAAAAGAAAGAGCAUCAAGCAGAGAGAAAGCCAUGCAAGCCUUCAAAUUCCAACACCUGAUGUUGCACAGCGCAUCACUCCUUUAGAAACUAGUACACCACUGUCAACUACAAAGCAUUGGUUGAAUUCACCUCUGAAUGAGAGCCAGGUUUCUGGCUUUUGGACUUCUCUUUCAUUUCUAGUAAAAAGAUGAAAAUGUCACAGAGCCAGGCAUGCAGUUUGAAGUCAUGUGGGCGUUUGACUAAGUGUUGUUUGCAAAAGUGUGAACAGAACACAGACAAAAGUUGUCUUUUUUGUUUAGACAUAGAAGAUAAGGAGAACAAAGUUGCCAGAAGACAGCUUCUUCAAGAUAGUGAGGGAAGAGAGACUACAGAGCAUUUCAGUGAGAUAAAAAAUCAAAUGUUCCACAAGCAUUCCUUCUUGGGUAGCUCUUUUGAAAUGUCACCAAGCCAUAUAACAAAGCAGACAGAACUUACAACUGAAAGAGAUACUGUCUCUUCACAUCAAAAAAGCAGACAGUUCUAUGCUAACAUUAAAAAAAGAAGUAUAUUUAAUACAGAGCUAGUGUCAAUACGGCAACUAGAUUUUAGCUCUGAUGGAAGCUUCUUCUUGUUUGAUGAGAGUGAUUUACGCAAUGAUGGACAUUCACGAUUAUUUUUUAAACCAAAAAGAGAAACAACAAUUACUGAUAUAAACAGCACGAAAGAUGCCAGCAGGGAUCUUGAAAUAAGAUCCCCAUAAGAACCUUGAUGAAAUUGGAAAGUAAUUCACAAUUAUCUCAUGAGCAACAUGCCCAGAGUGAAUUAUCUUCUCCUAGUUUAUUUUCUCAGUAACUAAUGCUGUGAAUUGGUUUUUAGCCUAUAAGGUUGCAGCUUUGUGAUAAACUUUCAGCAGCUGAUGUUUUAUUUGAAAAUGAAGAAGUGCAUCAGUUAGUAAGGAGUCAAACAUUUUCUUCAAGGUUUUGAUGCUUCUCGUAAUUCUCAUCCUUUUUUCCUCAACAUUUGUGAUAAUUUCUAUUUUUCUAGGAAUAGGUAUUUUACUGGUGUUUUUAUUUUUUGAACCAACAUAAGUGUUUGAUUUUAUUUUGCAACCACUUUUCCAGUAUUUAUUAUAUAAUAUCAUUAAUAAACAGAAUGAUGCAUAAGAAGUUGGAGGCAUGUAAGCAAAGAUGAUAUAUAAAGUCUUUGGUGUAAGCUUGAAACGAAUGAAAAGUUAAAUGUAAAACAAAACAAGCAUGUCCCUCGUCUGAGCUUCACAGCUGACAAAUGUAUAAAAUGUACAAAAAAAUAAAGCCAGUCUGCCAAUGCAAACCAAAAUAUUUAUUUUCUCAAAGUCUAACAAAAUGGAAUUUCCUUGAUAAAUAUUUCAUGUGAUCCGUAAUGUCUGAACGGAGGGAAGCACAUUUUGAAUAUUACAAAUGUAUGUCAAAUUUGGUAUGCCACAGUUUCAAACAAAUCAAGAAAAUGCAGACAAACCAUUUACACUGCCUUUAUGUUUCUACAAAAGAAAAAUCCAUCUUUCUCAACAUAUCUGAAGCUGAACACAUUAAGAAAAAAAAAAAUGACACAAAUGUUAAACAGCU